AUGACGGAGCGAUUACCGUUUGCUGGCCUGGCCCUAAUGAAGAACGUGGUGCCCGGAUCAGGUGGAACCUGGACCAGGUGGAACCCAGACCAGGUGGAACCCAGACCAGGUGGAACCCGGACGAACCCAGACCAGGUUGAACCCGGAUCAGGUGGAACCCGGAUCAGGUGGAACCCAGACCAGGUGGAACCCGGCAGGUGGAACCCAGACCAGGUGGAGCCCAGACCAGGUGGAACACGGAUCAGGUGGAACCCAGACCAGGUAGAGCCCAGACCAGGUGGAACACGGAUCAGGUGGAACCCAGAUCAGGUGGAACCCAGACCAGGUGGAGCCCAGACCAGGUGGAACACGGAUCAGGUGGAACCCAGAUCAGGUGGAGCCCGGAUCAGGUGGAACACGGAUCAGGUGGAACCCAGAUCAGGUGAAGCCCGGACCAGGUGGAACACGGAUCAGGUGGAACCCAGAUCAGGUGGAACCCAGAUCAGAUCAAACAUGGAUCAGGUGGAACAUGGAUCAGGUGGAGCCCGGAUCAGGUGGAACCCGGAUCAGGUGGAUCCCAGACAAAGUGGAUCCCAGAUCAGGGGGAGCCCAGACCAGGUGGAACACAGAUGA